GAGGCCGCUACGGUUGGGGGUAGUGGAGGGGAGCUUCCUGCCCGUCCGGGCCGGGUCGGCUGGGUUGUCAUUGGGGUAGAGCCGAGGCGGCAGGGGCGGUAGCAGCAGCAGCAGCCAUGGCGGGGGCGCUGGCGCGGAAAGCGGCCGACUAUCUCCGGAGCAAGGAUUUCCGGGACUACUUGAUGAGUACGCACUUUUGGGGACCAGUAGCCAAUUGGGGGCUCCCCAUUGCAGCCUUCAAUGAUAUGAAGAAAUCUCCAGAGAUCAUUAGUGGCAGAAUGACAUUUGCCCUUUGUUGUUAUUCUUUGACGUUCAUGAGAUUCGCCUACAAGGUGCAGCCUCGGAACUGGCUCCUCUUUGUAUGCCAUGCUACAAAUGAAGUAGCCCAGCUCAUCCAGGGAGGACGGCUCAUCAAACACAAGAUGAGUAAAAAAGCCUCUGCAUAACAAUGGGAGGAGGGGUUGUACCUGCUGCAGGGACAGCAUUUCCAGCAACAGCUGCUGAGUCACAGAUUCCAUCAUACAUGGUCUUGCUAAGGAAGACAACAGCAUCUUCUCAUUAGCCAGACUUACUUCUUUAGAAAGAGCCGAGAGUACCUAAAAUAACUCUUUGCUGCCUUACAAAUACUUAACAUAUUUUCUCUUUUUAAAGAAUAGUUCAAAUUAUGCAACUAAUUUAAUGGUCUCAAUGAUGGUUUUAAUUUUAAUAAUAUGUAUAUUAGCUCCCGAUCAUGGAAUUUAUCUUAUAAAAAACUGAAGAGAACAAAGCUUAUGACUUUGAGCACUUUGGUACACAGAAGAUUUGGUUUGUUCUGUAAUAGUAACAGACCAACUAGUGGUAGUUGACCACAUAAAAAAAAUUAUUUCCAAUGAAGUAAUUGUUUGAACCAGUUAUCUGUGUACUUCCAUGCAGUAUGUAUGAUCAAAAUGCUGUAACUUAAUUGCAAUAAAUCACUGAAAUAUUAAAUUUCCUCUGAGGAUAUUAACUUAUUAA